CCUACCACUACUUUGAGCAGGACUCAUUCAUAACACCCUCUGUUUGCUAUCUAUCUACAUCCAUAUCUGAGCAGGACUCUUGAUACACUAUAAACACACGCCUGAGCAAUUCCAUCUAGCUAUCUUCGUUGGACGAUAAUGCAGCGCUCUAUCAAGGACAUGUUCCCAUCCAGGAAGACCCUCACCCCUGACAAGGAUGGAGACGUCGUAAUGCGAGAUUCUUCCCCAGAAUCUAGAUCGUCCUCAUCUGAACAAGUGACGAAACUAGUCUCGCCAGACCCGUCCAAACCUUCGUUGUCUAGCAAUCAACCGGCAGUAUUAUACCCUACUCUACCAGUCUUGUCCGACACCGAAGAGUCUCUAUCAGAGAAAGAUAAUCGAGAAGAACUCCUAAAAGCGGGGGCUGAAGAAGCGAAGCGCCUAGAAGAUGUCCCAGAUGAGGUACAGGAGGUGUAUACGAAGUCGUACAACCUACUGCGAAGCUUGUGGGACGACGCAGAGAAUGCUGUUGCAGCAGCAGAAGUGAAAGGGAAAGGGAAUGAUAAGGAAGCAGUGUUCCAGCUGCCACCGAAGAAAAAGAAGGAAAUUGAAGGGUUCGAGCAGGAGAUAGUUAGCAUCUAUAGGGAGCAGCUUAAGAAUGCGUUCGAGAAGGAGUGGAAAGAGAAGGUACAAACUGCUGGCAUUGAUGCCAAAUCAACGGAUGCGCAGAAGAUGCAAGACGAUAUGCGACAUGAACCUCGCUGGCAGCGGAUCCAAGAGGAUCAGCCUUGGGGUGAAGAAGUGUUCCCUAAGGAUACGAUAGUUGGGCACAUAUAUGCGAUUACGAAAGCUUGGAGGACCUUGAAAAGCCAAAAGACAGCGGAAGAUAUUGACAAAGCGUCUGAACGUCUUAUUCAGGGAUGUCUAGUCUUUCAACAGCAACUCCGCCAGAAGGGCUUCGAUCCAACGAGGUUAAUUCCAGCGUCGCGAAAAGAGGAAUUUCUUAAGAUAGUUAACUCCUCGAGGAAGAACAUAGAGUUGUACACGGAGUUUACAGACUUUAUGUCUCAACCGCCAGCAGAGGAGCAAAGGAUCUGGGAUCUAGUAAUCCCUGAUAUCGAGAAGUUCCUUGAACUUGUCGCUAGCGAUGCGGACGAAGUUGGAAAGAAAGGCACAGAAGAUCUUCUAAGUGGCAUAACGCCUUACAAUCGUAAACUAGCCAUGACACAAAAAGCCCUUGAAGGUACGGUCUCGCGCAAGAUACCUACUACCCAGAUGGAACAGCUGUUGGACGACGAGGAUCCAAAGCAACGGAGCAAGGUAUUUGCUGAGCUCGCGAGCUCUUUCCAAUCCUCUGGACAGAAGCGGCUGGCUGUAAUAUGCUCUGAAGCUGCAAAGACUGAGUUGGACCCCAGGACUGAGUUGGAACCCGAGACUGGUUCAGGGUUAAGUGCUAAUAAUGAGAGUUCUGAUGUCGACAUGAAAUCAGCAUCGAACUUCGGUGCAAACAUGGAAGGCGAUGAUGGAAUAGACUUGGGACAAGAUGGAAUAAACGUGGAUAACGACAACGUAAUCGAGUUUGAUGAUGAUGAUGGCACAAUCGACCUACCCAGUUACGAAGACGGAAUCACCGAGUAUGGGACCCUUGAAGCUAUCCGACCGACGUACUCAGAUCAGAUUCGCUUUUCCCGGUUUAUUGUCAAUUCUGGAACGGAAAGCCGUCCGUUCUAUCGAGCAAUAAAAGGGUUCGAUCUUGGGCCUGAGGGUGCGCGGAUUCUUCUUGAGCAAGAGGAUAAGUAUACACGGUUCAAUUUGCAAGAAAGGAAACUUUCAAUUAAGAAGGAUACAAAGAUUAAGAAACUUGGCCCAUGCGUAGAACUGCCUAAUACUGGAGGAGCAAAGAGGAAAGCGGACCUCUAUAUAAGACUGCAGUAUUCUACGAAAAGCGGUCUUGAGUUCUCAGAGUGGCUGUGCAGAACAGAGGCCGAGAAGCUGCUUGGCAAGAAGUUUUUUGAAAAACAAGAGCCGACGUUGCUGGCCAAGUAUCAGAACAGAGAGCGAUUCUUCAGUGAUUGCAGAAAGCGUGGAAUCCACCCGGACACGGGAAGCCCGCUAACCAAGGAAGACAAGAAGGCGAUGCCCUGGCUAGCAAUGAUUUAAUUAUUGUUUAGUUAUUGGUUCUAUUUCAUUUUCUUGUCUUGGUAAUAGUAUAUAGAUUUAUAGAAUGGACGGCGUUUAGGUGGAA